AUUAUAUCAUUGGCUAACGACGUGUCACCUGAUUAGAAAGUCACCUCCCGGUAGGAAGUGGUGUGAGAAGCUAGCGUUAGCUUAGCGACCUUUAAUCAUCCAGAACCUGGCUGCGAUAUAACUUUAUUACUAAAUCCCCUGAAGGGACAGAGGUGGGGCCAUGCCUCAGAAAGAUCCGUGUCAAAAGCAAGCAUGUGAGAUUCAAAAGUGUUUACAAGCCAACAGGUAUGUGGAGAGCAUGUGUGAGGACGUGAUCCGGGAGAUGCGGCGCUGCUGCGAGACUCAGGCCGGAAACUCCAUCUGCUGCUCCGGGUUCAGGGAGACUCAACCCCCGGAGGAGAAGAGAAGUCACACAUAGCUGCCUUCUAGCCAUGUCACAAUGGCACUGUAUCUGUGUUGCACUCAUUCAGCCACUACUGUGUAAGGUGCCAUCAGGGCUGAAUGAUAUACGGUCAAAAUAAUAUCCCGAUGAACAUGUUCUCAUCAAUCGAUAUCGAUAAUCCUCACGAUUUAAAGACUCCUAAGCAUUACAUGAAUAUUAAUUGGUGAAGAUUAUGUUGCAAUACUUAUUGGUAUUGAUUUAUUGAGCAGCCCUAAUUGCAACUGAUGCACAAUGUGGAUGAUUAUGAAUGCACAGGUGACAUUAUUUUUGACAUGUCCUUGCAGAAAUACACUGGAGCUUAGAUCAGCCACAGUAUGAGUGCAAUCUAUAUUAAUGUUAUAAUUUAACUUAGUGUUGUUUAAUAAUGUCGCACCUCUCCGGCACGGUCCCAGCAAAGAGUUCAACAACAUGACACCACCUGUCCAAUGUAGUAUGUAUUUAUUAAAGGGAAGUUUUGUGAA